AUGGCUUCCAUGACGAAUGUUUUGAAGAAUUUGAGCAUUGGGAACUCUAAAAAUAUUCAACCAGCUACUGCCAUUCAAAGUGAUGAUGUCUCAUGUGUGUUUUGUGGAAAAGGGCAUGUGUUUGAGAAGUGUCCAUCUAAUCCGGAGUCCGUUUGUUACAUGGGAAAUCAAAAUUUUAGUAGAAGCAAUGGGGAAUUCUCAAAUUCUUACAAUCAAGCAUGGAAGAAUCAUCCUAAUUUGUCUUGGGUGGGUCAAGGAGCAAGCUCAAGCACCGCACCAGCCCAACAAAGACAAGCAUAUCCAUCGGGUUUUUCACAACAACCGCGACAUCCACAACAUGCUCAAAAUUCCCAACCAAGUUCUUUGGAGAGUCUAAUGCGGGAUUAUAUGGCCAAAAGUGAUGCGGAAAUUGUUGAUACCAGACCAGUUGAUACAGCAACGGGUCACCAACCUGACAGUCAACAAUCUGCACCAGUAUGUUCUAGUCCUAAACCACCCCUUCCAUUUCCUCAAAGAUUUCAGAAACAGCAGCAAGAUGGGCAAUUCAAGAAGUUUUUAGAUGUGUUGCAGCAGCUCCAUAUCAAUAUUCCCUUGGUGGAAGCAUUGGAGCAAAUGUCGAAUUAUGUCAAGUUCUUAAAACACAUUUUGACGAAGAAAAGGAGGUUGGGGGAGUUUGAAACUGUAGCUCUCACCGAACGAUGCAGCGCCAUGUUGAAAAGUAAGAUUCCACCAAAGUUGAAGGAUCCGGGUAGUUUUAAAAUCCCUUGUUCUAUUGGGGGAUGGGAUCUUGGAAUAGCUUUAUGUGAUUUGGGUGCAAGCAUCAACCUCAUGCCUAUGUCGAUCUUUAAGAAGUUGGGUAUUGGUGAAGCACGUCCUACAACUGUUACAUUGCAACUUACUGACAGCUCCAUGGCCCAUUCAGAAGGAAAAAUAGAAGAUGUUCUAGUACAGGUUGACAAGUUCAUUUUUCCCGCUGAUUUCAUCAUCCUAGACUAUGAAGCUGAUAGAGAUGUGCCUAUUAUCUUGGGUUGA